AUGUCCUCCAUCGGCUGCUCCAGAUUACCCUUCGAGAUCAUCCUGAUCAUCGCAGAGCAUCUUUGGUCCAUUACAGAACGGGACGAGAAUGGAGAUGGACUCAUGGCGCGACAGCGGCGCAUGACGAACUUCUGUCUUGUAUCACACGAGUGGUACACAGCUGGCAUCGCUUUGCUGUAUCUUUGCCCAGAGCUUCGCGCGGCAAACAGCCUGGAUCGGUUUGUUGACACCGUGACCCAGUCCGGUGACGCCAAUCACUUGAACAUCGACUUUGGAUCAAUGAUUCACGUCCUCAAGAUGGGACAUCUCGACCACGAUAUCCCUGACAUGCUGCUUGAACGAUUGCUGAGCCGGCUGCAAUCUAACCUGAUCAGCUUCGAGGCUCCACCGACACCAUUUGGCAUUGAGGGCCUGACUACCCUGUCUAUGUGCAAGAAUGUCGAACAGCUGGACCUCACUCUGCUGACCGACAAGCAUCGGACCGAGGACUGCUUCACUUUCCCAGACCUCAAGCAGGCUAUCAGUGGCUUGCCAAAUCUUGUGACCGUCAGCCUUCCGCUCAAAAUGGCGAUUGUCGACACGGACGACUCCAUUGGAGAUUGGCCUGCUUCUCUGCGAAGCAUCAAGAUCGGAGGGACGCUUGACCCUCAGGUGAUGCGCAGGUUCCAGUGGCCUUCACAUCCGUUCAAGCUCACCAUUCGCAAUUGCCAGAACCUGCGCGCUGCCACCCUAGAGGGCAUUCUCGACAACGAGAAUAUCCAUGAAUACCUCGUUCGUCUCUACAUCACCCGCAGCAAUACAAUGAUGUUUCAGGACGCACCCACUGGAAUCUUAUACAAGCUGCGGAACUUGAUGCACCUCAGGAUCCCACUGGACUGUACGGAGGACUUCUUCAUGUUGCCGCCCCCUGAACCCUCGAUGUCGAUUCGGGUGCUCGAGUUGACUGAGCCGUACUCCGGCCAGGUCCUCAAAGAAUUCACGCAACAACUUUUCCAGGCAUUGAACCUCAAUUUGUGCAAUGUCCUGGCUUUGGGAAUGUGUGAGCUUCCCAACAACCUGUGGAAUAGCCAAUUCUCACCGAUCUCGACGAAGCUCCGCAGGCGUGUGCAAAGGAGCCCCCCAGCCGACCUCGAAGGCAUUGAGAACUGUGGUCUCUACGCCAUGGAUUGA